CCAGCCGGCCAUUCCAGGCCCUGUGCUCAACUCUUCUUUAGCUAUCUAUCUCUCUCCCCCAUUUUCAUCAGAUAACCAAGCCUGACUCCUGGUGCUGGUACCUCCUCUCAUGAUGCAACUCCUCGAUUUGCCGGCAUUUUGACCAAGAGAUGGAAGACACCAAUAAUGUCGUCGAGACCGAUGUUAGGGUUUCUGACUGUGUCACGACCAGCAAUACCACUCCAAGUCAAGGCAGUCAUAGCCCACCCGAGAAAGAAGUCAGCCUCGGUUCUGCACGAGCUGGAGAGGAGGAAGGUCUAUCAAAUUGUGCAUUGGCAAUGGAAGAAGGAAGUGGCAAUCGUACAGAGAGCGCAGGGAAUCAAAGCUGGGAUUGUCCAGAUUCUGCAUCCUCGGAGUCGAAUGAAUACAUUUCUGAUUUGGACAGCAUCGUGUCCGACGAGGAACUAACCGAGAGACAUGACUAUCUCAGGUCUCUGUUGCAGAUCAUUGGGGAACCUCCCCCAUUUCAGUAUUACACAGAGUUUGAGAAUGCUAUGAAUAGUCCAGGAGUUAAAAGUUCUUUCUCAUUCCUGCAUGCUGGAGGAGGGGGAGAGUCAGCCCAUUAUCAGUAUGCUGCAUUGUCGUCGGACAAAGAUAAAUCCUCAACAUUUAACAGCGUUGAAGAGGCAGGCACAUCCAGUUUAGAAAAUGUUUCCCAAUAUAGAAAGGUGGAGCAUUCAGGUGUUGUCGCUCCAUUCUCCAACAGAACUCUGUCACAUCCAUCUUUCCACUCCUUUUAUGCUGCUGUCUCGUCUCAGCAGCCACAGAUCUUGCCCACUGAAGUCGAUGACUCAAGAUUUGAGAACCAAGACUCCAUUGAUUCCCACUCUAAGCCUGACCUUACAGUGAAAUCUGAAGCCAGCUUCCUCCGUUCCCAAGACAUUCACAUGCCAGCUAUCCAUCAAUGUGAGUUUUUCUACACUGACCCAUUGCUGCCAUCUGGUUAUCGGGUUUAUAACCAUCUUUCACUUCCCACACGCCAGGUGCUUCAAGGUUUAAGACUCAACACUCCUCCUCCCAUCAUGUCUGCAUGUGUGGCUCCAAACAUUGAGAGAGAGAAGCACACUCCUUCCAGUCAUGCUCCUCACUCUUUGAACAGUUGCCAGGAGCAGAGCAGCCCUAUAUCUAAUGCUGAGCGUGAUGCCAUCAGCACCUUGCUGGACCUUGGCCAGUGCGGUCAGUUAGACAGCACAGGGUUAGACGCCCUGCAGUGUACACACAAGAGCAAAUGUGUUCACCAGUCGUCAGAGGAUCUCCAGGACAUCGGAAUGAAUGGUGUUAACUUACCAGCCAACUUGGGAAGCUCAGAUAUAAAAGAAUGUGCUGACACCAAACAAAAGCUCCUCCCGUUUCUUAACAACUGGAGCAAUUCCUCCUUUGAGUCUUCUCCAAACACAGAGCUUUAUAAAAUCUGCCCCAUAGCUGAGCCUGAAUGUGAAUACUCCACUUGGCAGAAUAAAUCCAGUGAUUCCACUCAGACAUCCACAAAAUCUGAAGUUAGACUGAUGAGCACUUCCUCAGAGGCCGACAUUAAAACUUUUGACUCUGCAAAGUCAUUGUGCACUGGACGCGAGUCUGUAGACUUCAUGGACGUUGUGUCAGAAGUUGCUCAGGAAGUUGAAGUCAGCAAUUGUGAUUUUCCUACAUAAUAUUGAAAAAUUAGAGAGUAAUGGAAAAGAUAAAACAGGCCACAGAAGAAGUGAAACAGCAUUAUUGUGACCUGAGAAGGGCAGGGAUGGCAGAUGAGAGCAAGGGUCGACAGCCAAAGAUUUUAUCCCAUGUUGAAACUAGUUUUAAUUCAGCUCCAGAAAUUCAACAUGGCAAAGUUAGUCUCCGUCCAGCUUAUCAAGUUGUCCCUCAUAGCUCCCACACCGAUGUUAGUGAGUAUUGGGGUGAAAUGGAGCAGCUACACUCAGCAUUAACGUAACACGGCUGAGACAUAUUAAGGUGGUUAAAAUUUGUGAUCUUUCUUUCUGAAAGGUACUGAGACACACAAGUAAUCUACAAUUAGAAAAUCAGCUAGUAGAUGCUGGGUAAUUGCACUGAAUUGAAUUCUACUUGUUUAAUCUCUCAGAAUUCACUCUGCAAGUAAGAAAAUUGAUCAGUAAGUGAAAAUUUGGUGAUUGAUAGAAAUGAUUAAAGGCACUAAUAGUCUUGUUUUAGAGUUUAUGUCCUGAGGAAUGUGAAGCAGUAGCUUCCAGUUUUCAGUCAUCCAUCUUGAGGAGUUAGGCUCAACGAAAGGGUUGAGUGAGAAAUGGUGGAGACAGAAGUUAGGUCUUACAAUGUCUAAACAUUCAAUUUGUUUGAAUGCACAGUGAGGGUCAGAAAAGUGCAGGUUUCCUGAGACAAAGCUGUACAGUGAAAUGAGAAAAACACUGAUCUAAUCAAAUCAACAUAAGUCAUAAACACACGUUUGCAUGAAAUAAAAACAAAGUGCUGGAAAAACUCAUCAGGUCUGGCAGCAUCUG